UUAUAUAUUGUCUGUCAUCGACACAUCUUUCAAACCAGUCACUGAAAAUAACUGACACGUGCAAAACACACAUAGGGAAAUGAUAUCUAACCUGAAACUUCUUGUAGUACGUUACCUGGUGUAUUCGUUGUUGGAAGGACACAUAACAGGUUAUUUCCAUGACGAAAACGGCGAUUGUGAUAUAUUUGGUCGGCUUUACCAUAUGAAAGACCAAAAGGUUUCAGAUGAUUUUGACGGGCAGAGAGCGGAGAACUCCAUGCCAAGUCCCCUGACCUUACUACCAUCGAACAUAAUUUCUGAUGCACUUGGAGUAUGGUCAACAGUUGAUAUCCCGAGCAGAACGCUAUUCGGUCCAAUGAAAGGAACCAUUAUUAAACAGAACGCAACACACUUUUACUUUGGACCGUACAUUUGGCAGUUGGACGACGUUUCCAGAGCAAUCGACACGUCUAUGGAAUCAGAAGCCAACUGGAUGCGUUACGUCAUCACAGCGAGACAUGGCGGGGAGGCGAACUUGAAGUCUAUGGAACACAAAGGACAAAUCUAUUUUUAUUCCUUUAAAGCAAUAUCAGCAUCAACUGAACUUGUCGUCUGGCCUGGUCACUCGGAAAGGGCGAGCAGAAGUUUUAAAAAGCCUGGAUGGUGUUGGAAUCCGAUCACUAACGAAGCCUGUUGGCCGUUCUUCAUGAAGUGUAAGUCACGUGACUGUUUGAGCCACACGCUGCAGUGUGAACGACCAAACGAGCUUCCAGUACACAACUGUCCAAAAUGUGAGAGCCAGUUUUACAACAAUUUGUGUCCCUUGGUUGGAAGAAUGAACGUCAUAGAAGACAUACCGAUAUCUGCGAAUGGUUACGACCCAGAUCGAGCUAAGAAGACACUCCCGCCUGGAUUCGUCAUCAAGAAAUCCUCCAUUAAAGGGGCGGGUCUAGGGGUGUUCACUACAGAGGCUAUACCGAGCAGAACUCUGAUUGGACCGUACGAAGGAGUCGUGUACAGAGACGUUAACAAUAGCGUAGCAGACAAUACAUACACCUGGAAGGUUAUCGGGGAUAAUAACUCAUUGGUGAACGCGAUGGACCGAUCACGGAGCAACUGGCUACGCUAUAUUAACACCGCACCACAAUACAAAGCUCAGAACUUGGAACACGUGCAGUGCAACGGUCAAGUGUACUAUUACACAACUGAACGGAUCAGCCGGGGUGAAGAGUUGUUUGUGUGGUAUGGCGAGCGCUAUGACAAAUACCUUAACAUUGAGAGAUCUCUGACGACGAGGAACGAUCGCUAUGAUGAAACCAAGUGGCCGUUUUUCUACACGUGUCCUGAAGGGAACUGUGCUCCGAGAAUAUGUUCACUGCCACCUCCCUGUACAGAGGAUGAUCAUACAGAACAAUGCUUCGGAGGGUAUCACGAGGUGACAGUGAAGUAAAUAAAUCUCCACUAACAACAAUAACAGAGUAAAAUAGCUCAUUACCCACCUCCCUGUACAGAGGAUGACCAUACAGAGCGAUGCUUUGGUGUAAAUACGGGUCAUUCUACAGAAAGCAUCACUUGUCAAAAUACAAAUUCAAAAUAAAACAAUUAA